UCACAUGUAUUUAUACAGGAUUAUUCUUGUAUUCCAGUUGAUUACAACACAGACCAGAGAAGGUGUCACACCGGUGCACACGGAAAUUUUGGAUUUUCUUAACCUGCAAUAUAUUUUCGCUUGAAACUCAAUGUACAUGUGCCUCUGAAUACUAAACCUGGGCUGCUGACAACUCAACUGAAGUAAAUCGACAUUUGUAAAAACCAGAAACCAACUGCCUGAAAGAUGUUUCCCUGGUCUGCUGUUUUCUCUCUGGAGCCAAAAGUGCCAGGCCAGCGCACUCCAGAGGAGCUGGUCACCAACACUUUGAUGCUGGAGUUGGGGGCCAUGGUGAAGAGAACCGAACGCAUUCGCCUGGAGAGAGCCACCGAAGUCCGUCGUCGCCGUGGCUCCUCGUCCUCAGUGGACUACAGCUGGCUGGCCGGGCCUCAACCACAUGUCCCCUAUGAGCUCACGCCAGGAGAUGUGCUGGACCUGCAAGAGCUUUGUGCCCAGAUACCUCCUUCACAGUGUGGCCCUGUUAUAGUCAGGUUCCGCAAGCUGGUGACAGAGUAUGAGCCAGAAGUGCAUGAGGUCCCGCAGCUGUUCCGCACUGUCCUGAAAGCUUUCUUGGAUGAGGCUCAGGGUAACGAGCUGCAGGCCCAAAAUGGCCGCUGCGACAAGCCCCGCAGCAAGAGCCUUUCCUUCGUCACCUUCCGCUCCAGACUGCGCAUACUGAGCCGUGGCAGGGGAAGCUUCGGAGGUUCCAGAAGCAACCUGCAGGAGGAACCUGCCUGGUCUGAUGAGGAGGAGGAAGAAGAGGAGACUGUGGGGCACGCAGGAACAGUAACGAGACCUAGGAGGGGGAGGAGCCAGAGCAUGCCAGAGAUUAUCCCCCUUGAGCAAGCUGCUCAGAGCUGAGGAGACAAGGGGAUGAGGAUGAGAAGGGGGAAGGAGGAUAGAAUGAAGGCAGGGAUGAAGUGUUAAAAAGAGAAAUUGAGGCUAUAUCAAAAGUAGCUCCCUAUUGAACAUCUAUAGUGCUACGUGGUGCAGGUGAGAAGGAAGCCAUUUGGGAUCCAGUGUUUGAAGAAAAAAGGCUAAAUACUAAAUGACUCCUUCCUUGACAAAUAUAGUGCGCUACUAAUGGGGGAAAAGCCUUUAUUUCCUAACCUAUAUAGUGCACAUCAGGGAUCAGCCAUUUGGUAUACAGCCUGAGAUCAUGUUACUGAGAGAGAUCAAUAGGGAGCUACAGAGAGAGAAUGGACUCCAACUGGAUAUACAAAACAACUAUUUGGUUGUCAAGUCAAAAUUUCAAGCCCUAUGUAGUGUACUAUAUUGGGAGCAUUUCUGAUCAAACCUGAGCAAAAGAAAGAGACGACUACAUGCUGUAAAUCAGACUAAACGUAAAGAAGAGAGGAGAAAUUUGAGGGAAAUCCUAAGCUUGUACAUACAUCAUUUUUCACACAUGUGCUUAUCAUACCAAAGACCACAAGAUGAAAGUAUGUAAUAGGCCUCAGCCUAGUGACCUUUGAAACCUCCUGAGAUGUUUGUAAAUGUUGUAUCAUAUGUAAUUUUUGAACUUUCGCAAAUAAUAAACCU